AUGCUACAGCUCCCUGACCUACGGAUUUACGAUAAUACGCAGCUCAUCCUCAAUGCUGCGGCUUGUGUUGGGGUGAUAGGAGUGGUUAUUCGGGCUUACCUUCGUAAAUCGGAUAGCCGCCUUCCUCUCCCGCCUUCUCCCCCCAGUUGGAGGCUUCGGGGACACUUCCUACCCCCUCGCAGCCCAUCUCUCACUGUCGCUCGGUGGAUCGACGAAUAUGGCCCUCUGAUUACAAUUCGCUCAGGAACCCAGACUGUCGUGAUUAUCGGCUGCCACAAAGCCGCGGUGGAUAUAAUGGAGAAGCAGGGUAGAAUGCUAGCUGAUCGACCUCGCCUUGCUGCUGGAGAAAUUCUUACACGCGGACUGGUCAUGGUUCUAUCACGCGCUGGAGACAGGUUCCGUCGGAAGCGUAGGUUCCCCAAAUCAGCUGAGACGUAUCAGCCUCUGCAGAUGUCACAGGCGAAAACCGUGAUUCUCAGCAUUCUUGACGAUCCACGCAACUUUCAGAACCAUGUGGGAACUUAUGCCGCAGCGACGAUCAUGAAAAUUGCAUAUGGGAAGACCACACCGACGUCGGCAACUGACCCCGAAAUCAGAGAGGCUCGCCAACUUGUCAGGAGAUUUAAUACAAUCAUGCGCCAUGGUUAUUACUUGGUGGACUCGAUACCGUGGCUCAAAUACAUUCCUUGGUAUGCGCCAGAAUUGAAAGACGAGUUCGAGAGGACCAAGCGACUCUACACAGACCAGCUGAACCGUGUGAAACUGCACAUGCAGAGCAGUGAGGACAUCGGUCCUUCGUUUUCAAAAUACAUUCUAGAAAAUGGGCAUCUCUAUGGCUUGACAGAUACUGAGAUGGCGUAUCUUGCUGGCGCCUUUUUUGGAGCUGGAACCGAAACUACUGCUGUGGCCAUAUGCACGGUGCUAAUGGCGGCCGCACAUUUUCCUGAAGAGCAGGCUAAAGUUCAGGCCGAGCUUGAUGCAGUAAUUGGAAGGGAGCGAGUACCAACUUUCGCCGACAAACCAUCCCUUCCUCGUCUGGAGGCCUUCGUCUCUGAAGCUUUGAGAUGGAGACCGGUGACUCCUGAAGGAUUGCCUCACCGAACUACCGAAGAUGUGAUUUGGGAAAACUAUUGCAUUCCCGCUGGAACUACGGUAACCGGUAACCACUGGGCCAUCUCUCGAGAUCCAGAAGUCUAUCCCGAGCCUGAUGCGUUCAAACCCCAGCGCUGGAUCACCGACCAAGGUCGCUUGAGAGACGAUCUCACAUUCUUUGUAUUUGGGUUUGGUCGGCGCGUAUGCCCAGGUCAACAUGUUGCGAACAGAUCGGUAUUCAUAAAUUCGCUUCUUGUUCUUUGGGCCUUCCAGCUCAGUCUGGAUCCUACGAAGCCGCAGGAUGACAUGGGGUUCACGAACGCGGUGAUGCCAAAUGUCCCUUGCACUAUUGAAUUUCAGACGAGGGUUCCAGAAGCGGAGCUUAGGCGUAUGAUGCAGAAUUAUCCUGAGGCUGGGUGA